AUGGUUUCUUCAGUUGUACCACCGACUUUCCCUACCACAUCCCGUCCUGGUAUCGUCGAAAGUGGUGCGCUUUUGCGUGCAUGGGACACGGUCUACUCGACAUUCUCUCGCUCGGGCAUCUCUAUUUGUUUCUCUCAUCUUACUCAGAUCUCUCGUUACGAUGGAACUUUGAAUUGGGGAAAGAUUGUGUUCCUUACUACCUGCAUUGUCACGAUGGUCGGAUGUGGUUACGUUACCUCGCUUUUGCGGCGAAAGGGCUGGGGAGCAACCCCAGCUAAGAAGCGCUUUCGCCGCGCUCUACGCAAAGACUAUUCGAAGCGCUCUGCUGGUACUGUAACUUCAUCGGAAGACGAAGACUAUGAUAGUACUGGCUCCCUGAGCCUCGGCUCCAAUGAGACCAUAUUAGAAAAAAGGGAAGCACCUCAGCAUCAUGAAAAGCGCGAAAAUGCGCAUGACACGGACCCGGGUCUGUUAAAGAAACAUUCAACAUACCUGUCAUACACAACAUCCGUUGCGACCUAUCCGUCUAUUAGAACCUUCAACCGACCUCAUCCGCAAAUGGAUAAGCUUCCCACCAAGCCUACUCCAAUUCCGCUGUUGGUUUUUGUACAUGGCCUGGGCGGAUCGUUGGCUCAGUUCAACCAUCUCCUGACCAGCCUGUCAAACAUUGGGCCUUGCUUUGGUAUCGAUCUUCCAGGAUGUGGAUUGUCGUCAUUCGAUCCAGAUUCCUGGGAUGCAUAUACCGUUGAGGCGCUGGCAGAGCUGCUGGCAACAGCCAUCGAGCAACACCGCGAUAAGGAUGCAGGGCAAGGUGUGGUUUUGAUAGCUCAUAGUCUGGGCUGCUCCCUGUCUGCGCUAUUGGCGUCUUCCACUUCUAGGAUUGGCUCCAGUCUGAAGGAGCAUAUCUUGGGCCUCGUUGCUGCCUGCCCCCGUGCGACGCCUCCACCUGCCCGGGACGUUGCCAAGUUUCGUCGUUUACUUCAAAUCCCCGGCCCGGUCUUUGACCUUUGGCGUUCCUGGGAUCGACGUGGUGGCCUGCAUAGCAGCAGUGUCAACCGACUUGUUGGUGCGGCAGCAGAUCCAGAUACGAGGGAGCUCCAAGUACGAUACAACAAGCAGAGCAAAACCCCGGUAUGGAGGCGGAUGGCUUGGGGAACGCUCCCUACCUACGAUAAGUCUGGUGAUCCUGUUGGGGGUAUCCCGGGUGAGGCAGUGUGGGCAGGUGUCGAAAUUCCUGUCUUGCUCGUGGCUGGCGAGGCUGAUGCAGUGAACAAGCCCAUUGAGCUCCAGAAAAUACUCGAAUUUUUCGAGCAGAGCGGGCGUAGUGUUGGCGACGGCGCCGAUACCGUGACGCCGAUUCCCGAUGCCUCCGCAAUAAAUGACAAGGCUCCUGCGUCCUACGACCCUCUGGCACAUGAGGAAAGUUUCGGACUCGAGGCGCAAGUUGCUGAGAAGAAGUUGACAAAUAAGGCGGACGAAGCGACUGGGCACCAGCGUGCUGUGAAGACUGUUAUCCUCCCAGCGCCAGCAUCUCAUGCACUGAUCUACGACCGUGCAACUUAUCGCACACUGGCCGGAAUUAUCCAAGACUUUCUUAAUCAGCAUAUCGACAAUCGUCUCAGCAUGGGAUGGCAGUUACAAUAUCUCAACACCUCCGGCAAAUGGGACGUGAAGAAUUUGGCCAAAUGGAAAAAGGUUACGCCUGUCUCACAACGCAUUGAUGAUACUUUUGUGGCCAUGAAGAUGCUGCGUGAAGUCGACGAGGAGCACAAUCCGGUCCUGUUCUCGCAGACGUACCGUGACCGCAUCUAUGCUGUGGUUGACAUUAGCUAUGAGAAUCCGGUGUACAACCCAGCAUCGAUGGAAAAGGGUGGUAUCCACUACCACAAACAUCCGACAGUGUCCAAGAUACCUCCCACGCCGGAUGAGGUUCGAGAUUUCAUUGCCUUGAUCGAUCGUCUGCAGAAUGAGAUCACUGAGAUGAUGGAGAAAUCAGACAAUCCGGAAGGCCCACGUCCAGUGGUUGGAGUUCACUGCCAUUACGGAUUCAAUCGCACGGGAUUCCUGAUCGUCUGCUACCUGAUCGAACGACGCGGAUUCAGUGUCCAAGCGGCGAUUGAAGAGUUCGAACGACGACGUCCACCAGGAAUCCGACACGAACACUUCAUCGAUACCCUAUUCGUGCGAUACUGCGUCGGGCUGAAGCGAGCGCCCACGCUUUGA